AUGCAAGAUAUUCACCAGUUGAUCAACCUUGCUCAGUCUCCUGACAAUUCUGUCAGAGAAAAGGCGGAAUCUGAACUUUUAGCAGCUUGUGAUGAGGAUGCCUGCAUCGUGUUUCAUUCUAUGAUUCAAGUAGGAUCAAAUGGUUUUGAAGAGUUGUCAUCAAGGUUGUUUGCACUUCUGACUUUGAGGAAAUUGAUUACAAUGUAUUGGAGUCCAGGGUUUGAAUCUUAUAGGUUAAAUUCUACGCUAAAUGAAGAGAUUAAGAAUAACUUCAGAGAUUCACUUUUGAAAAUUUGUUUGGAUGAUUCUCAAGAUACUAAAAUCAAGAAUGCUUCUGCUUAUUGUGUAGUUCAAAUAUCUGCUGUUGAUUUUCCCGAUCAAUGGCCAACUUUGUUGAACGAAGUUUAUGGUGCAAUUAUGGAGAGACAUUCUUUAUCUGCAAUUUCUUUGCUUAAUGAAAUUUAUGACGAUGUGAUGUCUGAAGAAAUGUUCUUUGAAGAAGGUAUUGGUUCAGAGACGAUUAGAAUUAUAUUUUCAGUUUUAACUGAUAAUAAUACAGGAAUUGCUGCAAAAAUUGCCUCAUCAAAGUUGUUUCAUUCCUGUCUUUUGCAAAUGUCUGUACUAGACCCUCAAUCUGUACAUAAGAGAAAGCAGUUGGUUACUGAAUGCAUAUCUCAAAUAUUAACUAUUUGGAGUGGAUUAUUACAAAAGCAAAAUGUAACAGAGAUGUCGAGUGAAUUUGAAUUGAGGUCUAAGAUUUAUGAAGAUCUAGCUAUGAUUAAAUCUGAAUUUCCUAGAAAGCUAUUUUCAAAAGAGAAUAUUGAAAUUUUUAGAAGAUUAGUCAUCAAUGAUCUAAAUAUUGCUGCUAAAUGUUAUAAUAAUGUUCUAAGUUCAGAAAAUUCUGAUACCGAAAUGAUACAUAUCAAUGAAUUUGUGAUACAUAUUAUAGAAUUCUUGACUGCAAUUUCAGACUUCAAGUUUUCCCCAGAGGAUAUAGGCACUAUCUCAAAAUCUUUUGUAACGCUGAGUUGCAUCGAUAGAAAUACUGAAGAAUCUUGGACAGCUGAUUUCAAUAGUUUCAUCUCAAAAGAGACAGGAUUAUUUGCUUCUUUUACUAUAAGAGACCAGAUUGCAGACUUCAUCUCUAAUGUUAAUGAAGGAGUUUAUUCUGGAUUUUACUCCUUGAUCUUGAAUGAAUUCAACGAAAUCAUAAAUUCUAAUUCUGACUGGAGAACUCAGGAAUCGGUAUUAUAUUUACUACAAUGCAUUGCAACAAGUGAGACUGAGAUUAAUGAAUCACUUCAGUGUAAUACCCAAAUAUUAGUAACCGCUAUUGGAAAUAUUAUUAGCAACCCACCUACUCAAUCAUUUGUUUUAAUGAGAUCGAUCUUAACUAUCCCAAAAUUGUUAGAAAAAUUUAUGGAAACUUUACCAGAUGUUAAAGAGUAUACCAAACAACUUCUUUCAAUUAGUUUGGAUAUUGCAUUAAGUAGUUCAGAUGAAUUAGUACAAUCUUCUGGCUUAAUUGCAUUCACAUAUUAUACAUCUUUUGCUGAAUUAAAUUCUGUUUUAGGGGACGUAGCUUGUCGAGUUGAACAAGAGAAAGUUUUGAAGCUCAUCCAAAAUUUGUCUAAUGACAGUGAAGAAGAUACAAACGGUGUUUUAGUAGAAGUUUUGAAUAAUGUCAUCGAUUGUAACUCACCUCAACACCUUGACGAGACCAUUUUAGAAGUUGAAUUUGAUUUCUUACUAACAAUUUCAGUCAAAGAUCCAUCAAAUAUUCAGUUAAUCGUUGAAGCCCAAGAAUGUUUGGAAAAACUAAUAGAAUCGAUGGAUAUUAACCUGUACAAUAAAUAUGCUCAUAAACUGUUACCAUUUUUAAUCAAUGUGAUAAAUGAAUGUAAUCAAACAGGAUACUCGUAUUCGCCAUUACUGUCGUUGGCAUUAGAAUUUAUUAAUAUUUUGAUGCGAAAUAGACCUGAUGACAUUUCUUUACCCACAUAUAUUUGUGAACAAUUAUUUUCUCCAUUAAGACAUAUUUUAAUGGUGUCGCAAGAAGAUGAAACAUUACAAUUAGCUACAGAAGCAUUUAGUUUUUUGCUAUUCAAUUCUCAGACUGAUGUUAUUUUCCCUUACUUAGAGGAAAUUAUAAAUGUUUUAAGUCGAUUACUUUCUAUGGAUAUUUCUGAUACAGCAGCAAUGAAUGUUGGAUCUUUGGUGGUUACAAUAUUUACUAAGUUUUCGGAGCAAGUACAAGAAUUAAUUCCUGGAAUAUUACGUGCUACUACAGAUAAAUUCAUUAACGCAAAAAAUAUUUCCACAUCUCAAAAUCUUGUUUCAGUAUUCUGUUUGUUGGUUUGCACAGAUCCUGCUAGAACGAUAGAUUUCCUUUACAAUUUAGAAAUUGGCACACCACCUCAAAGCUCCCUCCCACUGGUUCUUACCAAAUGGUUAGAAUCUUUUGAAAUCAUUAGAGGUGAGAAAAAAAUUAAAGAAAAUAUUCUUGCAUUAAGUAAAAUUUACUUUUUGAAAGAUAGUCGUGUGUCAUCUAUUGAAGUAAACGGCGACAUAAUUCCAUAUACCGGUGAUCUUAUUAUAACCAGAUCGAUGGCGAAAUCUAUGCCAGACAAAUACACCCGAGUUUCAGUAUACCAGAAGAUUGUGAAGUUGUUUGUUGCUGAACUGGGAUUCCAAACUAAAGAACAGGAUCCAUCUGAUCUUGUAGACAGUAAAUUAAAGCAGGAACUUGGAAUUCCACAACAGAUGGGGGCAGCUCAUGGUGACGAUGAUGAUGAUGACUGGGAAGAUGUCGAUGAUGUUUUAGAUUACGAAAAAUUACAAGAAUAUAUCGAUGACGAUGAUGAGGAAGAAUAUGUAGGUGGUCCAGAAUCUCAAGAAAUCACCGGUAUUGAAGAAGUUACUCAAACCACCAAAGAGUUGUUGAUCGAAUUUUUCAAAGAAGCUGCAUCCAAGGACAUAAAUUCAUUCCAAGAAAUAUAUAACACUUGA